GUUGUAAUGUGAAUGUCCAAUUCUGGCUAUAGAUUAAGCUCCUGCAGCAGCUUCUGGAGAACAAUGUCAUCUGCUUUUUUAAGAACUCUUCUAGCUCUGCUUCUUUUGACACUUACCCUGCAAAAAUCUGAUGGGCAAUUUGAGGAAUGGUGCAUAGCUGAUGAGCAGACCCCAGAUGAUGAGCUGCUUAAGGCCCUUAACUGGGCUUGUGGAAGAGGAGGAGCAGAUUGCAGCAAAAUACAAGUAAACAAGCCCUGCUACUUACCAAAUACAAUAAGGGAUCAUGCCUCUUAUGCCUUCAACAACUACUAUCAGAAAUUCAAGCACAUUGGAGCUACUUGCUAUUUUAACGCUGCUGCAAUGAUCACAGAUCUUGACCCAAGUCACAAAUCAUGCAAGUUUGAGUAUCUUCCUUGAAUGAAAAUAUCGAGAAUGUCCAUUAAUUAUAGUACUUACACUGCUUUGUAAAGGCAAAUGCCAUGAUUGAUGAAAGUUUGAGUGUCUUGACUGAAAAUAUAAAGG